AUGCCCUUAACAUUGCUCAAUGCAAGCGCCUUAACGACAGACGCCAAGAGUUAUGCGCUAAAACCAGGGGCGUCGGAAGCGGGGGUCGUAGGGGUGGGGGCGGCUACACCUCUCCCCAACUGUUUUAGGUCAGGGGGGCUAAAUGUCUUUGCCCUCCUUUUAACAAUGGUCCAUAAUAAACCACAAAGUUAAUUGAUAUUAUUUCAGUUAUGGGUGUGGACAAAAUAAUUUGAGAUAUUUUAUGACAUCGUGUUACCUUUAGAACUCUGUAAAUGUCCUUAUAAAGUGCAGAAAAUGGCAUUUCAGAGACUCUAUAUUUAAAAUUUCCGGGAGCAUGCCCCCGAACCCCCUAGAUUGUCAUUCGCCUUUGGGGUCCCUAAGAGUCCCCCCCCACUUUUCAAGCCGCUCCGACGCCCCUGGCUAAAUCUUUUAAAAAUCUUCACCAUGCACCUCGAUUCUCGUCUUAAUCAUCUUUUACCUCCACUCCGUGAAGAGACGCACAAUCGCGAGACUUAAUUUAAGAAUAUAUUCUAACUUUUCAUUAAAGUGCCUAUAUCACUUGUGGGACCUUCAUGGAUUUGAAAAGGGCGUAAAAAGUUAGUUAACAAGUUCAAAAGAAUUUUUUGAUUUAGUGCAAUAAUUUCGAAGAUACAGGCCUCUAAACUACCUACAGUCCCUAAGUCCCAGGCUCCUAUGCACAAUGGACAGUUUGGAAAAAGGCCAAAUUCAAUAGCCGUGUUUUGAGCCUAGGAGGCCGGGACUCAGGGACAGUCCGUUGUUUAAAGGCCUAUAUCCUCAAAACUAUUCCACUAUAUCAAAAAAAAUCUUUUGAACUUAUUAACUAACUUUUUACGCUCUUUUCAAACCCAUGCAUAAAGGUCCCACAAGUGACAUAGGCACUUUAAUAAAAUGUAGUACCAGACGUUUUAAAACUGCCUUUAUUCCAGCAAUAACUGCUAAUUUUAAUAGUGCUUAUAAUAACUUGUUUAGUAUGUUAACCACUUAUAUAUAUAUAUUUGAUAUUUUUAUAUUCUAUACCUACAGUAUUUUAUACUGUAUUCUGUAACCAUAUUUCAAUGCCCCUUUUGGUACGAAAGUGUGUUGUUUAAUAAACCUUUAAUAAUAAUAAUAGUAAUACAAAUAACACUCAAUCUUAACAGUAACUUGGCAUCAAAUGAUAUAUAGACUCUUGGUGUAUAAAUAAAACUCUAAUAACGACAGUACUACUUCCAGUUGUCUUCUAUGUAAUUUAUCAGUGGUUUUACGCAACACCAUAGUGUUCUUCUUUCUGAUUCAGUACAAUGUUUAUACAGAUACAUCGAUUUAUUAAAAUAUAGCUACAUAUGUUAUUAGGAUCAAACGUUUCUGGAUAAAUAUACAUGCAAAUAUUAUAUGUGCAUGGACGUAAUCCGUUCAGUUUUAACAUAGUCUUUCGAGACAUGGUCUGGAAACUCAGUAAACUUCAAAGCGGCUAUAAUGAGCUGAGAGUUUUUGUUGAACCGUACUUACACGUGCAAGUUUACUAAAAUCUAAAUAGCAUGGUUGAAUGACUGAACUGAAACGUUGCUAUUGGAUGAUUCCUUCAUUAUACUGAAAUACAAUAUGUUCAUUGACCGUGCACCGUGCACAAAACUGCAUAAACGCGAACAAAAAGAUAGAACAAAGACUUUAGCGGAGUUUUCAAGCCAUGUUUUGAAAGACUAUGGUUUUAAACACCAUGCAGUGCACAUCAGGUGAAAUUCGAAUGAACUCACUUUUAUUACUUCAGAACACCAGACAAGCAGAUGGCCGCUCUUUAAGGAAACCAAUUUUCAAGUGGAUAUGCAAUAAUUUAGAGAGUGCACCCUUCAUAAAAUAUGUGCAUGCAUGCAUGUAUAUUAAACGAUAAUUCCUAUGAAUUAUAUACAAUGUAUACACUGAAACAGAUGUCUAAAUUUAUGAUUAAAAAGUCUUCGACAAUUUAAAUCGAUUGUUCUUUCGUCGUUUGAGACAUCCACAGAUACUUAUACUGUAUGUGGGAAUCUAAAGCAUAUUAGAUUCGCUAUAUUCUUUUGCUACACGCUUUUUAAAACACUGGGGGAGUUUGAACAUUCUUACGAUGUGCAUACAGUCAGAAAACUUGAUUAGCAUAUCGGUACACUGUUAAAUAUUUAAUGGGAAAUGCUAAAACAUAGUUAUAUCACAUCAAGUAGUUGCAAUUUAGCUUUCUUAAAUUUUUUGAAGAGAUCUCCAGAACCAGUUCCGUCAAGUACUCCACAGAUAUCGAAAAAAUUGCGAACAAGUAAGUUACCAAUAUUAUAAAAUAAAAUGAUCCUGAUACGAUUUAUAGGAAAAUACAUGUAGAAUGCGCGUAUUCCAAUUUUGUUUAGUGAAAUUUUAUCGCCUUAAAUAUUUUUUUACUGGUCCCAUUUUUAUUCGUUCCAGUCUUCUAAUAGCAAAAAAUUUUGCGCUGUUGCAUGGAGUGGAAUUAUUGCUUUUCUGAAAAAAUAAAAUUAAGACUAAAAAAAAAGUUAAGCAAUGAAACAAAUUCUAGUUGUUUUUUAAGAAGAGGAUUAAUAGUUUUGACUAUAAGAUAUACAGAAAUUCGUUGUUAAUAAAUACAGUUUCGUGGUUUACAAUCUUUUUAAAGUUUACAUAGUUCAUUUUAUUUACGUCCUUUGAGGCAAUCCUUUUAAAAUGACUGUUUUUGUGGCGAUCAUUUAGUGGUCCAUCAUUUAAUUAUUCAAAGACAUGUAUAUAUUUAAGAAAUAGAAAACGAGUUGAGUGCGUUUAUGGCGUGAUAAUGCACGCGGGGAAUGUUGGGAGAAUACAAGAGAAGCGUGUAAAACACGAGGCGUAGACGAGUGUUUUACACGCUUCUCGAGUGUUCUCCCAACAUUUCACGAGUGCAUUAGCACACCAUAAACGCACGAGACAAGUUUUUCUAUUUCUUUAUAAUAUAAGUGGAAGAUAGUACAUAGUAAACAAUUUUACUCAAAAGAUCAACUUUAAAAUUCUCCUAACAUGUACUCGGUGACUUUCCGUGUUGGUGUUGUUGUGUACUCAGGUGAAUAUAAUGUUUGUGAUGUUACUCUGAGUGUAUAUCCUCACCGGGCGAGCUUGAAAAAUAUGCCCGGCCACGGUGGGAAUCGAACCUACGACCUUUGGAAUACUAGCCCAAUGCUCUGCCAUCUGAGCUACGCGGUCAGGACGGUUCGAGUAUGCGAUAUUUCGGAACAGAAUCUAGUUCAUUCGAUACCAAUGUAAUCUAGUAAUAUGAUUUUGACGUCACGCGCAUGCUUUUACAAUGCUGUCGCUUGAAUUUUCAAGCGAGCGAAUUCAAAGGAGCAAAAACAAUACAAAAUUUUUGAGAAAGUUUUGAUGCUAAAAUUGUCGGGAAACGGUUCAAAUGCUGGAGGGCGGGGGGGGGGACCCCAGUGAUACACAGAGUGAUUUGCUAACGUUUUUCAGCAUUCGGGCUGCCGGAUUUGCCAUGAUGGACGUUAAAUCGUAGGUUUCGUCGUGUUGCUCAGUUUUAAUUUUGAAAUUAUUGUAUUUUUUGCCUUUCGUCGAAAAUAUAUCUGGCAGUUUUUAUCAGAAGCAUUGAAGGUACUUUCUAAAUCAUGAAACAGGGGGAAAACACAGAAAGAGCAAGCAGUACCACGGAACACAGUGCAUUAUUGCGUCUCAAUGCACGAGCAUUAGCCAAUCAAAUUGUCUGUUAUAUCCCACUUAUAUUAUAAAUUUAGUUAUAUUUUUUGUUCUAAACUGUAUAAGUUUUAACAUAAAUGUAAAAAAACUGUUCAAUAACAAGAUUUAAGAUAGUUCAACUAAAAUUUCAAAUAUAACAUGUGAUCACUUUACAUCAAAAACAUGGAAGGUUUAGCAAGUCAUACACAUAUCGCACCCAUACAUGUGCUAUUGUUCUCGAUCUGUUUUGAUUUUUGAUUCCACGUUGUGAUUUAUUUGUGAAUUAAUAAAUCAAAAUACUGUGUACCUGUAGGUCAUGCAUUCAAAUUCCAAACCCGCUACAUCAGGUCUUUGGUUUGCCGUUCAUGACAAAUUCUAUACUAUUUUUAAUAAUCUUUAGUUGAAACUAAACCAUACAUAUAAUUAUACUGUUGUUUAUAGUUUUUAAUCUUUCUUAAUCUUUAACCAUUUACAUUACAUUUAAUGCGCUUUUUGCAGCAGUCAAAGCAACACCGACCAAAACAAUAAGCUCAACAAUUGUAACUCGUCCAACAAGUAAGUCCACAAUUACCCUAUAUAUCAAAAUGGUUCAGUUUUAUUUCAAACAAAUGUUUGUACCUAACUCGGAUUACAUAUCUUAUCUCCAUAGCAAUUAAACGUACGCUGAGUGAAACAAAGAUUGCGACAACUCCUCCAACAAGUACGUCCACAUGCAGUUAAUCUUAGACUAUAAUAAUUAUGUACAUUGUUUAUUUCUACAUAUUUCUAACAAAUAUUUCUAUAUAAGUCAACUUUCACAUUUCGUACAGCAAAAUUUAAAGCAGCUCAGCAAGGUUAAAUGAGUACAUGUAAUCGCCUUAAUUACAUAGUGGGAAGUUUAACAAGUUAUCCAAUAAUAGACCUACCACACCCAUCUUCUACUGUUCUCAAACGAUCUUGGUUUUUGACUCCAAGCGUACACUUUCAUGAAACACGGUAUAGGUCUUUACUUUAAAUUCCAAGUCUUACAUUUGUCGUUCAAACUUGUCCUAUAGUAUUUUUAAUAACUACAAAUUGAAAAUAAACCAUACAUCAAUAAAAAAAAACUAUUGUCUAGUUUGUAAUCUUUUUAUACAAUGUUGUUUUAAUUAUUAUAUAGUUAAACCAACACCGACCAAAACAAUAAGUUCGUCCAACAAAUAAGUCCACAAUUAACCUGUAGGCAUAUAUUUGCGUUGUUUAAUAAGUUUUAUUUGUACCUAACUCGGAUUAUGUAUCUUAUGUCCAUAGCAAUUGAACAUAGGCCGAGUAAAACAAAAACUGUCUGUACCAGUAGGUAGUACCAAUGUAGAAAUGCUGUGCUGAGUAGUCAUAUUACUACCUUAAAAAAUAAGCAGAAACUCGACGUUUCGAGCGAAGGCCCUUCGUGAAGAGUUAGUAGCGAAGGCCCUUCGUCAAGAGUUAGUAGCUACUAACUCUUGACGAAGGGCCUUCGCUCGAAACAUCGAGUUUCUGCAUAUUUUUUAAGGUAGUAAUAUAACCACUCAGCACAGCGAGUAUAUAAAACAAAGGCUUUGACACCUCGUCCAACCAGUAAGUCCACAAUUACUUUAUCAAAUUAAAAUUGUUCAGUUUUAUUCCUAAAAAAAUCAUCGCUAAUUAUUACGGUCAUAUGUAUCAAGUACUUCAUACAUGCAGCGGAACGUCUCACGAAUUUAAAUAUAUCGCGAUUGUAUAUUUGGAGUGCGUUUUGCGCCCAAAUGGAAUUUGAAAUCGCGCAAGAAAAGACCGACGUGACCAAAUGUUUACGGAUAGGUGUGCAAGUACUUACAAAAAGUAUCAUAUUUGCUAGACGAAAUGAAAGAUUUCCCCCAUGUUUCAGAAGCCAAAGUUUUGUGAGCAGGUGGCGAAGAUAUUCGAUCUUUGUACAAAUUGUAAACAAUUAGUUACAAAGUUUAGAAAUUGACCAAAUAAAGUUCGGCAAUCGAAUGAAUUUUGACCAUGAUUGAAUAUAAGUCAAUAGUUCCAGCUUGUCCAGAAUGUGAAUCCCGAAAGGAAAGGAAAGGAAAGUUGAGGUUUGAAGUAACUAUUGUUUUCUCUAGCAGUGCUGUUCGUAUAUGAUUUAGGAGUACUAGUCCAUAGUUCAAUUCCUUCCACGUUUUAUUUCUCAUUCUCGAAAUAAUUUUAAUAAGUUGAAAAUAUACCAUACAUAUAUGAUCAUACUAUUGUUUAGUUUUUAAUAUUUUUUACACAAUCUGUUUUUUAUAGCACUUAACAAAACAAUUAACUCAACAACUCGUCAUGCAACAAGUAAGUCCACAAUUAUCGACGUGUACAUUGUUCAGUUUCAUUCCUAACCGAAAUGUUUGUACUUAUCUCGGAUUAUAUAUCUUAUCUCCAUAGCAACUGAACGUGCGCUAAGUGGAACAAAUGCUUCAAAACAAAUCCUAUGCUCUUUUUAAUAAUUAUAAGUUGAAAAUAAACCAAUCAUACUAUUUUUUAGUUUUUAAUCUUUUACACAACGCUUUUACAACGCUGUUUUUUGUAGCAGUUAAACGAAAACCGUUGAAAACAACAAACUCAACAACUCGUCCUACAAGUAAGUCCACAAUUACCCGGCUAUAAUUCAUUGUUUAGUUUUGUUCCUAACAAAUUUUUCUAAUAACAGUAUAUUAAAUUAACUUGAAUAUUUCCUAAUGCAAAAUUUAAAGCAGCUCGGCCAACAUAUUAAGCGCAAUUGACCACCUUAAUUGCAUAAUGAGAGGUUUACCCACCCAUCAACACCAAUCUUCUAUUGUUCUCAAUCGAUUUUAAUUUUUGACUCCAGGUUUGAAUUGAUAAAUCAAUAUAGGCUUCGCAUAAAAUUCCACACCUAUAGAGCGUUUGCACUCAUUCCCCAGGAACCAACUCAACAAAAGCCAUGGCGGUCAUCUUGGUGUUUCAGACAAAAGAGUCUAUUUAAAAUUCUUUUGAAUUGGAGCACCAACAUGGCGGCUGUGACGUUAUGUGCAAACGCUCUACAUCUGGUCUUUAAUUUGUCUUUGAAAACAAAUCCUAUAUGCAUGCUAUUUUUAAUAAUUAUAAGUUGAAAAUAAACCAAUCAUACUAUUGUUUAGUUUUUAAUUUUUUACACAAUGCUGUUUUUGUAGCAGUUAAACGAACAUCGAUAAAAUCAACAAACUCAACAAAUCAUUCAACAAGUAAGUCCACAAUUACACCUUACGUAUAUAUAUAUAGAUUGUUUAAUUUCAUUCCCGACAAAUGUUUGUACUCGGAUUAUAUAUCUCAUGAGUGGAACAAAAUUACUUUAUAGAUUGUUUAGGUUUUUUUCCUUAAAAUUGUUUCUACAUGGUGUAUUAAAAUAAUGUGCACCCUUUCAAAUUAGCCACGCCCAUAAUCUUUUAAACCUUUUAAAUAUUCGUUGCUUUGCAGUAAGCUGGCCCAUUUAAUAUCUUAUAUGCAGACUUGAAUAAUGCUUAAUUAGCAUUUUUCUUCGAGUUGUGUAUUUGUUCAUACAAAUAGAAGUUAUCCUAAAUUCCCAUGUGCAGAAGACCUUGUGUUUUCAAGCAUUCAUUAAUUCGAGAAAUUAUACGGCUGUCAAAUUACAACAAAAGACUAGAAGUUACUAACGCAAGGAAAGUGCUGCCUCGGGGCCAAAACUUUGGGUUAAGUUGUUCACUUACGACACUAUACAAGGCUAUACAACACUAUACAAUGUUAUACAAGACUAUACAACACUAUAUAAGGCUAUACGAGACUAUACGACACCAUACAGCGUUAUACAAGACUAUACGACACUAUACAACAGUAUACAACGUUAUACAAAACUAUAAAAAUUAUGACACUAUACAAGAUUAUACAUGACACUAUACUACACUAAAGAAGACUAUACAACACUACACAACGUUAUGCAACACUAUAUGAGGCUAUACGUCAUAUACGAUACUAUACGUAUACAUUGUUAAUUAUACAAGACUAUACGACAUUUAUAAGACUAUACAACACUAUACGGCACUAUACAAUAAUAUAUAAGACUAGACGACACUAUACAACACUAUACAACGUUAUACAAAACUAUACAACACUAUAUAAGGCUAUACGACAAUAUACGACACUAGACAGCGUUAUUAGAUAGCUUAAGAGGCUGUCUCUCUAAGAACCGACCAAUGACUCUCGAUUCAAAAAAUGAAAUUCUUCGUUACUUUCACAAUGAAAUGUAUUUACCCCAAGAACAAACAAACACAAUUUGGAAUUUUGAAAUUUUAUUAAUUUUUAAAAUUUCAGCGAUUUUUCGGUCCCGCGCUGUCGGGCAGAAAAUCUUCUGCCUAUAUCAGGCAUAAAAUUAGCCGAAUUCAAAUACAUAUAAUAGUAAACGUAUUCAACCAAAUUUUAUAAUUUUUUCACCCACCAACGUGAAAAUUAUUCUACUUUGAAACUGGCCUGGUUUUAUGAUGCUUUUACAGAACGGUUAUGGCAAACUUUAGCGAUAACAAGCACCGAGUCUAAAUACGGCUUUGUACACAUAUCAAAUUCGACUUUAAAUUUCUCAAAAGUGGCACCUAACUGGAUUCAGUGACUAAUAUGGUUAAAAAUGAGAAGUUUGAAGUACCCAUAUCCAUAAUAAAACUUGUUACCAACCGCGAUUUGAAGACUCGAGAGCCUCUGAAACUUGAUACAAUUUGGCUAUUUUGUUUAGCUUCAAAUAUAGCGGAGUUUUGACCUCAGAGCUUCCAGUCACUUGUAAAAUGCGCUGUUAUUCCGUUUCUUUACACAAGCCGUUAAUAUCAUCGCAGUUAAGCGAUUUUUCUGUGUUCAUGAACAUCACAAGUGGAUUUAAUUCGAAAAGAUUUCGAUCGAUGCAGCGAGAAAUUAUUGUCAAUGCUGAUAUUUAUUAAUCUAAACUCUGUAUGUCUAUUCUGCCCGAUUGGAAAUGAAUUUAAACUGGAAAAAAGACUUGAUCUAGAAGACUACUAUAGAUACUGAUUAUUAUAAAAAGUUCCAGUUACAAUCGUGCAUGCCAAUUGAAUUGGAUUUGGAUCAUAGUUUGAAUAAGGGUUUUGAUUAGUGUUUUAACCAGGGUUUGACUGGAAUUUAAUAGAAGAGUCAUAUAUGGAAUAGUCUCCAACUGACCCCCACCCCAACUCUAUCCUGACCUCUACCCUACACCCACCCCAUCUCUUUGUGAUGUCAUUUGAGGACGUUUAUAUCAACUUCACCUGGAAUUUGUUUAAGGAGAGCUAAUAAAGGGUGAAGUUUGUUUUCAUACAAGAGUUUCAAAUGACGUCACAAAAAAACGAGGUUGGGGUAGGGUUGGGUUUGGGGCAGAGUCGUACUGGGGGUGUGGGUAGGCCAGGGCAUGUGGGGAUUCUUAUAUGAAACGUCGGCCAGAAUAAUGGUAGAAACUGUUCACGAUGUAUUUAAAAUGGGGAAUGUUAAUUAAUGCGUAAAUUACCCCUAUAAGGAGUAUAGUAUCAUGUGAGGAUAUAGUUGGGAAUCGAAAUUGUCAAAUAUAUACUAAUGUAUUGCUGUGCAUUACACGGAAGAGAAGCCAUAGAAACAAGACAAUUUGUCAUAUUUCUGGUUUUCUGCUAAUAAAUGGCAGUAAUUGUUGCACGAUUAAACUGUUUAUAUGACGGGAAGUGCCAAAAUUAGCAAUGACUCUAUUUUACCUCGCUUACCUCGCUGUAACGUUUACCUCGCUGCAUCGAGCCAAAUCUUUUCGAAUUAAAACAACUUUAAUGUUCAUGAACACGGAAAAAUCGCUUAACGGCUUGUGCAAAAGAACCCGGAACGAAAGCGCAUUUUACAAAUGACUGGAAGCUCUGACGUCUCAACUCCGCGAUAAUUGAAGGUAACAAAUUUCAGAGGCUCUGAAGUCUUCAAAUCGCGGUUGGUAAUAAGUUUUAUUGUGGAUAUUGGUACUUCGAACUUCCCUUUUUUCGACCAUAUUAGUCACUGAAUCCAGUUGGGAGCCACUUUUGAGAAAUUUAAAGUCGAAUUUGAUAUGUGUACAAAGCCUUAUUUGGACUUGGUGCUUGUUAUCGCUAAAGUUUGCCGUAAUGAGUUUUGUAAAAGAAUCAAAGAAUCAUAAAAUCAUUUAAGUUUCAAAGUAGAAUAACUUUCACGUUCGUGGGCGAAAAAAUCAUAAAAUUUGGUUGAGCACUUUUAAAAUUAUAUGUAUUUGCAUUCGGCUAAUUUUUAUGCCUACUCAGACAGAGGAUUCUGCGCGACGGAAAAUCGCUGAAAUUUUAAAAAUAAAUAAAAUUUCAAAAUUCCAAACUGUGUUUGUUUAUUCUUGGGAUAAAUACAUUUCAUUGUGAAAGUAACGAAGAAUUUCAUUUUUUGAGCCUAGAGCCAUUGGUCGAUCGGUUCUUAGAGCCUCUUAAGCCUGGUUCACAUAAAAUCGUUAAGCAGUCGCAGACUGUCGCAGACAUGUUCCAAACUUUUAUAUGAACGAUCUGCGACGGAUCGGGAAAGUUGAACCAAGUUCAACUUCCCGAUCCGUCGCCGAUCCGGUCUCAGACAGUCUGUGCGAAUCUGCAUUUGUGUUCAUAUAAAAAUUGGGCACAUGUCUGCGACUGUCUGCGACUGCUUAACGAUUUUAUGUGAACCAGGCUUUAAAUUCAUUUCCAAUCGUGCAGAAUAGACAUACAUAGUUUACAUGAAUAGAUAUCAGCAUGGACAAUAAUUUCCGGGUUUUCCCCGAGUAGCUAAUUUUGAUACGAAAACGCACCACGUUUACCUCGCUGCAUCGAUCGAAAUCUUUUUUAAUUAAAUCCACUUGUGAUGUUCAUGAACACAGAAAGAUCGCUUAACUACGAUGAUGUUAACGGCUUGUGUAAAAAAAAACGGAACAACAGAGCAUUUUACAAGUGACUGGAAGCUCUGACGUCUCAACUCCGCCAUAAUUGAAGCUAAACAAAAUAGCCAAAUUUUAUCAAAUUUCAGAGGCUGUCGAGUCAUCAAAUUGCGGUUGGUAACAAGUUUUAUUAUGGAUAUUGGUACUUCAAACUUCCAUUUUUUUAACCGUAUUAGUCACUGAAUCCAGUUAGGUGCCACUUUUGAGAAAUUUAAAGUACAAAGCCGUAUUUAGCCGUACAAAGCCGUAUUUAGACCCGGUGCUUGUUAUCGCUAAAGUUUGCCAUAACCGUUCUGUAAAAGCAUCAUAAAACAAGGCCAGUUUCAAAGUAGAAUAAUUUUCACGUUGGUGGGUGAAAAAAUCAUAAAAUUUGGUUGAAUACGUUUAAAAUUAUACGUAUUUGAAUUAUUCGGCUAAUUUCUAUGCCUGAUAUAUAGGCAGAGGUUUCUGCGCGACGGCGCGGGACCGAAAAAUCGCUGAAAUUUUAAAAACUAGUAAAAAUUCCAAAUUCCAAAUAGUGUUUGUUUGUUCUUGGGGUAAAUACAUUUCAUUGUGAAAGUAACGAAGAAUUUAAUUUUUUGAGCCGAGAGUGAUUGGUCGGUUCUUAGAGAGACAGCCUCUUAAGAUCUACGACGUCGACGCCAGCUAGGACGUCAAGGCUAAGCAGAGGACUGGGACGGCGUCCUAAAUAAGUCGAUAGCUCAAGUAUCUCCGACGUCAAUCUCGUUCCCCGAGCCUGCGAUCCUCUGGAAGGAAACGAAGGCUCUGGGAUAAUCCGUUGCCGAAAGCCAGGAAUUCUGGCUAAGAUUGAACUGCACAUUCCAUAUCAACGGCCAAUCAGAUUCCUCCCGGAAACGGAUUAUCCCAGAGCCUUCGUUUCCUUCCCAAGGACCGCAGGCUCAGGGAACGAGACUGCUCCGACGUCAAAUAUUUAGGGCGGCAAGCAGAAGUAAAUUGGUAAUAGUUUUUGAAGUGUGCAUGUGUCUCUCUCAAUUUGCUCGUCAUCCACAAAACGUCGACAACCUCACAACAAGAGUUUUACCGUCGUGGAUACAAGAACAUAACAAACAGUAAUGGAUUCACACGUUUCUUUUAAACUCAUCUUCAAAAGGAUGUAAAUAUUUAUAGUUUAAAUGUCUACGUCGUGAAUCUUAAGUGGAAGUUUAUUUAUUUAGGACGACGUCAUAGUUCCAGUCCUCUGCUUUAUAGCCUGACGCCCUGACGUCCUAGCUGUCUUAAGCUAUCUUAAGCUAUUAGAUCUUAAGCUAUCUAUUAUGCCGUUAUACAAGACUAUACGAUACUAUACAAGAGUGUACAACACUAUACGACACUACACAAUAAUAUACAAGGCUAUAUACGACACUAUACAACACUAUAUGUACUAUUUACAACAUGAGCGGCCGUGUUGUAUCGGAUAUACAACGUUAUACAAGACUAUAAAAAUUAUGACACUAUACAAGUUAUACAUGACACUGUACUACACUAUAGAAGACAAUACAACACUACACAACGUUAUGCAACACUAUACGACACUAUAUAUAAGGCUAUACGAUACUACACAAUGUUAAUUAUACAAGACUAUACGACAUUAUACAAGACUAUAGAACACUAUACGGCACUAUACAAUAAUAUAUAUAUAUAUAAGGCUAUACGACACUAUACAACCUUAUACAAAACUAUACAACACUAUAUAUGGCUAUGCGACACUAUACAACGCUAUACAACGUUAUACAAAACUAUACAACAGUAUGUAAAGCUAUACAACACUAUACAAUGUUGUACAAGACUAUACAACACUAUAUAAGGCUAUGUGACACUAAACGACACUAUGCAACAUUAUACAACAGUAUACAAGACCAUACAACAAUAUAUAAGGCUAUACGACGCUGUACGGCACUAUACAACGUUAUACAAGACUAUAUGACACUAUGCAAGACUAUACAACACUAUACUACACUAUACUACACUAUAGACGACUAUUGUACAAGACUAUACAAAACUAAACAAGAAUAUACAACGUUAUACGAGACUAUACAACACUAUACAACACUAUAUGUCAUUUCGAUGUUUUCCUUCGUGGUUGAGUUAAUAGUUAUAUACCUUGUGCCUGUGAGCAGAGCCUUAAUAUCAAGUCUUCAAUCAUUUUCACGUUUCUCUUCGUAAAUCAUAACAACAUUUGCCAACAUUGAACAUGUCUGCAUCAUUCUGUCAUGAUAUUUAAACGGUAAUAUAAACUUAUUACUACUAAGUAAACGUUUUCAACACCGUAUACUAAUAAUUGGCUAAAACGUACCUGCAAAAAAUAAUUUUCUAACAAAAUUAUUGUCUUUCAUUUGUGAAGAAAUAAUUAUCGUUUUUUAUAUUUUUCAUCAUGGCGGAAAGUACAGAACGAGAGCUUUACGGCGACUUACGAGCAAAUACCGGCCAUCAGAAAUCCAAAUUUCUUCUAUAUUUUGAAUCAAGCUGCAUCGUUAUAACUCGGUCAGGGAAACUGGCACGAGUCAUAACGUCAAAAUCAGUUGUCAAGAAUAGUGAGCUGCCUACGGCAGCAAUUACGGUUAAUUUAAUUGAAUUUGAUCAUGACAGGGUGCAGAUUUUCUUAUACACCCUGUAUAGUAAGUUAAAGUGCAUAUAGUUCCUAGUUUCUAUAGCAAAAUUUGAAGCAGCUUAACCAAUAUGUUAAGUGUAUGUGAUCAUCUUAAAUUAAUUGCAUAACGGAUGUUUGGCAACUAUGUAGGUGCAUUGUUGUUAAAUUUUCAAUUCAUGUGAUCUACACCUUCAAUGCAUCAUGGGAGGACUAGCAAUUAGUUAUCAAUGACAAACCUACCACACCCAUGCAUCUUCAGUUGUUUUCAAUCUGUUUUGAUUCUUGGUUCCUGGUCUAGAAUUGAUAAUUCAAAACACGAUAUAAACCUUGCAUUCAAAUUCCAAACCUACAUCAGGUCUUUAAUUUGUCGUUCAAAACAAUUCCUAUACUAUUUUUAAUAAAUAUAAGUUGAAAAUAAACCCGUCAUAGUAUUUGUGUAGUUUUUAAUUUUUUUACACAAUGUGCAUGGUUUUUAUAUAGCAGUCAAACCAACACCAAACAAAACAAUAAGCUCAACAACUCGUCCAACAAGUAAGCCCAUAAUUACCCUAUACAUUCAUUGUUUAAUUUUGUUCCUGUAAACAUUUUUCUAAUAACAGUGUAUUAAAUUGACUUGAAUAUUUCCUAAUGCAAAAUUUAAAGCACCUCAGCCAACAUAUUAAAUGCAAUUGACCACCUAAAUUGCAUCAUGGGAGGUUUACCCACCUAUCAACACCAAUCUUCUAUUUUUCUCAAUCGAUUUUAAUUUUUGACUCCAGGUCUUGAAUUACUAAAUCAAUAUAGGCUUCGCAUUCAAAUUCCAAACCUAUAUCUGGUCUUUAAUUUGUCUUUGAAAACAAAUCCAAUGCUAUUUUAAUAAUUAUAACUACUCGAAAAAUACCCAAUCAUACUAUUGUUUAGUUUUUAAUAUUUUUACACAAUGUGCCGAAUGUGGUUUUUAUAGCAGUUGAACCAACAUCAACCAAAGCAAUAAGCGCAACAACUUAUCCAACAAGUAAGUCCACAAUUACCCUACGUAUCCAUUCAUUGCAUAUAGUAUCAAUUCUAACAAAUAUUUGUACUUAUAUUAAUACGGACUAACUUAUCGCGAUAGCAAAACCUUAUUAUUUAGUUUUUUUCCUAACUAAUGUUUCGAUAUUAAGUUAACCUGCAUGUUUCCUAGUUCCUACGGCAAGAUUGAAAGCAAUUUAAAUGCAUGUGAUCACCUUAAUUGCAUAAUGGGAGGUUUAGAAAUUAUAUACAUUGUUGUUUUUUUUCUGUGUUGUUGUUAUGUACUCAGAUGAAUAUGAUGUUUGUGGUGUUACUCUGAGUGUAUAUCCACACCGGGAAAGCUUGAAAAAUAUGCCUGGCGACGGUGGGCAUAUUUUUAAAGCAUGCCCGUUGUGGAUAUACACUCAGAGUAACAUCACAAACAUUAUACCGUAUACAUUGCUGGUAAAUGUUAAAUGCACGUGAUCACGUUGAUUGCAUCAUGAGAGGUUAACCAAGUUAUCCAAUUACAAACCUGCAACACCCAUGCAUCUUUUAUUGGUCUCAAUCGGUAAUAUUUCAAAUCCGACUCACAGUACUGGACUAGAUUAAUUUUCAAGUCCGCGCAAUUUGAUUAAGUCCGAGGCGAAGCCAAGGGAUUUGAAAUGAUAUCACUACUUAAAGUAAGCUGAACUAACUUUGAUUCAGUACUAGGACUGGGUCAAUAUUCUUCAUAGGGUAUCCAGUAUCAUCAAGUGAGCAAAAUAAAGAAUUAAGGUUGUCCAAUUUAAUGAUGAAUUAUUAAUGCAUUUGAGAUUUUAGUGAUUUUGACUCCAGGCCUUGAAUUGAUAAUCGAAAAGGCCUUGCAUUCAAAUUCCAAACUUACGUCACGGUCUUUAAUUUGUCUUUGAAAACAAAUUUUAUACUAUUUUUAAUAAUUAUAACUUGAAAAUAAACCAAUCAUACUAUUGUUUAGUUUUUAAUUUUUCACACAAUGUGCAUGGUUUUUAUAGCAAUCAAACCAACAACAAGCAAAUCAAUAAACUCAACAACUCGUUCAACAAGUAUGUCCACAAUUACCUUAUAUAUUCAUUAUUUAGUUUGAUCCUUAACAAAUGUUUCUAUAGUGUACGAUUACGCUGACAUGCAUAUUUCCUACAACAAAACUUAAAGCAGAACAACCAUGCAACAUGUUAAAUGCGUGUGAUCACCUUAAUUGUAUAAUGGGAGGGUGUUCAAGUUAUCCAAUUUUCUGGCAAAAUAUUUACAGAGUAAACCAAGAGAUACAACAACUCAACCCCCGCCAACAUAGGACCAUGAAAUUAAUAUUACUGGGCGGUUACAGUGGCUAAAAGAUAACCUAGAUAUUGUGAUCUUUGCAUAAUGUAAUUCCACAUUUUUACUGUCUCUAAUUGUAUCGAAGAUUAGUUUCUUACGUAUCGGCUGAUAUGACAUUCAAUUGUUUAACUGAAUGGUUUUAACUAUAUAUAUCUGGGGUUCAUAUCACAUACAUGGCUUUUUAAAUUAGCUUAGGAGAAUUAUUUACCCUUCCUAGACUUUCAAGAACCGCUGUCUUCUUGCAAAGAGUUACUGCAGAGAAACAGGUAUGUACAUCAGACUGGUUUAUUAAGUGAAUUAACGCAGUCCACGAACAAAUGACAUUCAGAACCCAACAUUGCGAAAAUUCUAUCUGGUGUCUUCAUCAGAGAUAACUCACAAUUUACCUUGUAAACGACAUCACACCCCACAACAUACAGAUUUGAAGAUAGCUACUGUUAUCUAUGCAACAGUACCCUUCUAUGAAACGGAAGCGAUAUAGUGAUGUAUGCGCGAGUUAUCUCCAGAAGAAGAGAAAUAACCGGAUUUGGCUGACCAUGCAGGUGUCACCAAAUCAAAACAUCAUUAAUUUGUUCAGGGAUUGUACUCAUUUACUUCAAUAGAGUAUCUGAGUAACGAGAUUACAUACCUGAUAUAAUAUAUAGAAGGCACCCCCCCCCAACAAAAAAACUUGGGAUGUGCGCCCCUGUCGCCACAGAUUAGACCGAUAACUUGGCCAGAUCAAAUACAGGAAGUUUUGUUUGAGAAAUUGGACCAGUUUCCUCCUGUGAAAAUAUUUAAUAUUAACUGGAAUCAGGAUUGCGUGAAACUUAUUGCUGUAGGAGGUAUAACAGUUUCGAAACAACCGACAAAGUCAUUAAGCACCAAUAAAUUGAGAUUAAAUUUCAUUACCUUAUUUGCACCUUUUCUAUUAAUAAUCUCGUAUUCUUUAGUUCACUCCCCAAUGGUGUUUACAAACUACAAAAUAAUAUUACACUCGAGAAAUUUCAAAUUUACUGUCACAUGACUGAAAUACCUGGAUGUGGGCCUGGAGGCUGGACACUAGUUGUGAAAGUGGAUGGUAAUAAGGUAAAGCCGAACAUGCACUCCUGCAUUGACGUGUUGAUUUUAUCACGCGUGGUUACGGAAAAAAAAUCACUGUGUUUACAACUCAACCUUCUUGUAAAUAUGCCUGUUCUUAUUAAUUUGAGGUACCGGUUAGUACGCUAUAUUGGACCUGCACAUUCUUGCUACGCUAUGAAUUAAAGUAGCAGGAAAUUAAAUUGUCUCAAAAUCCUGCAAUUUUUCAUGGUGGUGUAGUGCAAACAGUAGUCAAUGAGCUCCUUAUCUGGAGUCAAACUCGCGUGUAAAAUGUGAAAAAAGAUGGCGGAAACUGACGUCGAGUCCAUUUUUUCGUGUUUUUACUUUGAUUUAAAAAAUAAAAUUAUUGUUUUAUAAACUGAUAAGCUGAUUAGCAACAAGAUCCUUGGGACUUGAUCAAUAUAGCUGUGAAAAAUGGCAUGAAGACUGUUCACAACCUCCAUGACAGACAUUAGACGUCAAUUUCACAGAGAUCGAAUGGAUUAUUGAAUUGUUCUGAGCUCAAUAAGUUCAAAGCAGGACAGUUUCGCAUUGAGACAGAUACCACCACCGGAAAAAUACACGCAGAUAUAAGCUUGUGUUUUCCAGGUAGUUGUAUCUCGCGCAUUCCGCAGCCUUUUGGUUCACAAAAUACUAUAGAGUGCUCAGUAUCAUAUAGAUAGAGCAAAUAGUGCAUAUAGUUUUUACCUCAAAAUGUUGCCACUACAGUAUGUUUUAUUUAAGUUAUCAGGUGGCUCUUCUUGGAUCUAACAGGCUGUAGUGGCAACCUAAGUUAUAGCUUUGCUUACCUUAAUUAAAGCUUGAAUAACUAAGAAUGGAAUCAGUACAGGUCCUUGUAUCAGUACAGCAUUUAUUAUAUAAUACCUUAUUGAAUUCUGAUCGUUUAAUUGGCUGUUUACGGUCACGUGAUACUGAAUAGAAAAUUCCAUUUCCCAAGAGUGCGAGUGCAAUUGUACUAUACGUUUUGUUCCAUUGCACUCUCUGUGCUUUCGAUAUAUCGCAUCCGUCAAAAUGCUUCUCGUACGGUGAUCGCAGUUUAUUUUAACCCGAUAUUCGAAACUUAGUAAAUGGGAUUUAAUGCAAAUAGACUCGUCAAAAUGGCGGGAGCUUAAGUAAACUUUUAAUAUUAGUCUAAUUUGGUAUUAUAUAAAACAAAUAAUGAAUGUUUUUAUUCGUGCAAUGGUAAGAAUAUUUUCAUUCGGUGAAAGAUGGAAUGUUCCAUUCAACUCGGCUGUCGCCUCGUUGAAUGGAACAUUCCAUCUUUCACCUCAUGAGAAUAUUCUUACCAUUGCACUCACAAACAUUCAUUAUUUGUAUAUUGUAAUAUCAGUACAGCAUUUAUUGUAAUAGCGGAACAAGUUAAGCAGUGUAGAGAUGAUUAAUAAUAAUACUAAUAAUAAUCAUCAGAGCCACCUGAUGAUUCAUUUUUUAUUAAAUAGGUUGUAGCAAGUUUUGAGGUAAGCAUGCAGCAAUACUACUUGCUCUACGGUAUAUGAUAUUGAGCACUCUCUGUCAAUUCAUCAGCCAUUAUACCUCACUUUCCCUGGUGAGUUUAUAGCAUAUACAACGAAGUAUAAACAUUUCCCUUUCAGAAUGACUUUAGCUACAACUCUUCUUACUGGACGAACAAGAUGGUCUACGCCGUUGAGGACGGGCUUGAAGGUUUGACAGAGAAACAAACAAAACUAGCUUCUUACUGA